AUGGAGCAGAGAACCGUCGGCGUCCUGGGCGCGGGCCAGCUCGGCCGCAUGUUUGUCGAGGCCGCCUCCCGCCUCAACGUCCAGGUCAGGCUGCUCGACGUCGGCGACACGGCCCCCGCCAAGCAGAUCAACUACGCACCCAACGCAGAGGGAUCCGGGUCCGAGCACGUGGAUGGCAGCUUCGUCGACCCGCAAAAGAUCCGCCAGCUCGCAUCCAAGGUCGACAUCCUCACCAUCGAGAUCGAGCACGUCAAUGCGCAGCAGCUCCAGCAGGUGCUCGACGAGAAGCUCGUCGACGCCGUACACCCCCUGCCAUCCACCAUCGCCCUGAUCCAGGACAAGUACGCACAAAAGGUCCACCUCUCGGAACGCGGGCUCCCGCUCGCCGACUACAUCGCCGUCGGCCCCGAAGAGGUCACCGCCUCGUCCGACGCCGCAGUCACCAGCAAGGCGCAGGAGCGGAGCGUCGCCGAGGCCGGCAGUGCUUUCGGGUACCCGCUCAUGCUCAAGUCCCGCACCCAGGCCUACGACGGCAAGGGCAACUUUGUUGUCAAGUCGCCCGAACAGGCCGCCGAGGCCGUCGCGGCUCUCGGCGGCGGCAAGCGCGGCCUCUAUGCCGAGAAGUGGGCGCCGUUUGAGCGCGAGAUCGCCGUCAUGGUGGUGCGCAGUGCGACUGGCGAGGUCCGCGCCUACCCGGCCGUCGAGACGGUGCACCGCGACAGCAUCUGCCACACCGUCCAUGCCCCUCUGCGUGUCCCCGACGCCGGCGUCGAGAGGCGGGCGCGCGAGAUCGCCCAGCAGGCCGUGGCGACGUUUGGCGGCGCCGGCGUGUUUGGCGUCGAGAUGUUCCAGAUGCCCGGCGGCCAGCUGCUCAUCAACGAGAUCGCCCCGAGGCCCCACAACAGCGGCCACUAUACCAUCGAGGCCACCGAGACGAGCCAGUACGAGAACCACCUCCGCGCCAUCCUCGGCAUGCCGCUGGGCAGCACCGCGCUCAAGGUGCCGUCGGCGGCGAUGAUCAACAUCCUCGGGCUGGCCGACUCGGACAAGGACGCCGAGGCCGUCGCCAAGACGCUCGCGCCCGCCGCCGUCAGCCUCGACGUGCCCGGCGCCACCUGCCACCUGUACGGUAAAGCCGGCUGCCGCAAGGGGAGGAAGAUGGGUCACAUCACCAUCGUCGGGCAGAGCGACGCCCAGGUGCGCGAGAGGCUGGCCAUUGUCGACCGCGCGCUCGACGAGGCGACCGAGCUGGCCAAGACCGGCGCCAAGCUGCCGAAGCGUCUGACCUUGGCGGGCGUCAGCGACGAGGCCGCCGCCGUUGCUUCGUCUUCAAAGGCGGGAGGAGCAGCGGGCGCAGCCAAGACCAAGAGCGCGGCCGACUUCUCGCACCCGCAGCCGCUGGUCGGCAUCAUCAUGGGCUCGGACAGCGACCUGCCCGUCAUGCUGCCCGCCGCCGAGAUCCUCAAGAAGUUCAAUGUGCCGUUUGAGCUGACGAUUGUCAGCGCACACCGCACGCCGGACCGCAUGCGCACCUACGCCCGCAGCGCGCCGGCUCGGGGUCUGCGCGCCAUCAUCGCCGGAGCGGGCGGAGCGGCCCACCUGCCGGGCAUGGUUGCGGCGCAGACGGCCCUGCCCGUCAUCGGCGUACCCGUCAAGGGGAGCGUGCUCGACGGCGUCGACUCGCUCCACAGCAUCGUCCAGAUGCCGCGAGGCAUCCCCGUCGCGAGCGUGGCCAUCAACAACAGCACCAACGCCGCGCUGCUGGCCAUCCGCAUCCUCGGAGCCGCCGACCCGUCGUACCUGGAAAAGAUGCAGGCCUACAUGGACGAGAUGGAGGACGAGGUCAACGGCAAGAUCCAACGGCUCGGCGAGCAGGGGUGGGACUACGUCGUCAAGAAGUAG